AUCCACGCGGAGUCCGCUAAAUUUUUCGUCAGCCCCCUGCCCCCGUUCUAGACGCCAUGGACGAUGCGGCGGUAGUCAGGCACGGCUGCUUCUAGUCCGUCUGCGAUUUCUACGCGUUGGGGGGAGUCCGUACACGUACGCAAGGAGCAGAGGUCCAACCGGGCUGCUGCUUCUUCUUCUUCUUGUGCUGCCCACCUUGCCCCCGAGUGCCCCUGUCCUGGUCCUCCUCUCUCUCCCUGCUGACCUCGGAGCGGAGCGGAGCAUAGCGAGGAGCCGCCAGGAGGGAAGGAUCCAUGGCGGGGAGAUCGAAGUACGACAACCCCUUCGAGGAGGGCGGCGCCGACGAGGUCAACCCUUUCGCGGACCAAGCUAAAAGAGGAGGAUCAAGUGCUCAGUCCAGCUAUUCUGGUGGCGCGUUCUACACGACGCAGUCACAACGCCCUUCUGCUCCUCCUAGCACACGCCUUUCGCCUCUUCCUCCUGAACCUGCUGACUUCUACAAUGACUUUGCUACCCCAGUGGAUAUCCCCAUGGACACAAACAAGGACAUGAAGACAAGGGAGAAGGAGCUUCUGGCCAAGGAGGCCGAGUUGAACAGGCGUGAGAAGGAAAUAAAAAGGCGAGAAGAUGCUGCAGCACGAGCUGGCAUUGUAUUGGAAGAGAAAAAUUGGCCACCAUUUUUCCCCAUCAUUCAUAAUGAUAUUGGCAACGAGAUACCUGUUCAUCUGCAAAGAACACUGUAUGUCGCAUUUGCAUCACUCUUAGGGUUGGUCUUGUGCCUGUUUUGGAACAUAAUCUGUGUUACCGCUGCCUGGGCAAAAGGGUCAGGUCCUAAGAUAUGGUUUCUUGCAAUUAUAUACUUCAUUCUUGGAUGCCCCGGUGCCUACUACCUUUGGUACCGGCCACUAUACCGUGCAAUGAGGAAUGAGAGUGCUCUUAAAUUUGGAUGGUUUUUCCUCUUCUACUUGGUUCAUAUCGCCUUCUGCGUGUAUGCAGCUGUUUCUCCUUCAAUUCUCUUUGUGGGGAAAUCAUUAACCGGGAUUCUUCCAGCAAUCAGCUUGAUAGGCGACAGUGUCAUUGUUGGGAUCUUCUACUUCAUUGGCUUUGGAUUAUUCUGCUUGGAGUCUUUGUUAAGCAUGUGGGUCAUUCAGCGUGUUUACCUGUACUUCCGAGGAAGCGGGAAAGAAGCAGAGAUGAGGCGGGAAGCAGCACGUGGUGCAGCGAGGGCAGCAUUUUGAUGAACCAUAUAUAUAAUCACAACAUAUAUACUGUUCAUAGUUUGAAAUGUAUACUGUUCAUAGUUUGGAGUGUUCGUAGAACAGACAUAUGUAGUGUAGGGUUGGGGUACUGUAAAUCUUCAGAAUUUUUCUUACCACAGUGUUUUGAGCCCUUCAGAUUGAUGAAUUAUGUCAAUAUGACAGUAUUAGUAUGGAGUAUAUAAACUAUUUGUUCCAUAUGUGCAA